AUGUCGGGCGGCCAGGGCUCCGCGCGCCGGCCGCACCGCUCGGGAGGCGGCGGUACGCUGCCCGCCAACGGCUUCACGUACAUCGGUGGCGAGGGCCGGCCGCAUCAACCACUCACCCUGAACAAUGGCGCACCAGCCCAUCAUCUCAACAAUGGCUCCUUGCGCUCCUUGCCCGAUAAAAAGAACAACCGGAACGGCGUCGUUUGUCAUCCAGAAAACUUCCAACGAAACCUGGACACUCGCUACUGUAGAAAACAAGAGAACGGGUACAUACGCAAUUCCGAAACGAUAAUCGGAUUCCCGCGGAACGACCGGGAAUACGAACGCGACCACGUGGAGUACAGUGAGCCAGAGUACUCUAUCAUCCCGGAGGCGUACGGCCGCGAGGAGUACCCGCGCUCCUGCUCGCACUCCAAUACCUUCAACUGUUGAAGGCGCGCCUUGUUCUAUAACAAUCAUUUGUGAUCUUGCAAUCCUAGCAAUAAUUCUUCAUUCCAUUAUGUUUUCGUAUUCGGAGUGGCAACAGUGUCGAGACGUAGUGCUCUAGAGCGGUUAGUGACAUUAGUGUAACGGGUGUGGUGUAUGUACUAUGACCAGUGAGGACUAUCCUAUAUCGUAUUCGGUUUAAAGAAUUCUUAUUUGUAUUUUGUAAGUUUAAGUAGUGAUGCGUCUAUUUUUCAACAAGGACGAUGAAGAGAAGCUUGAAAGUGAAACUUUCAUUCGAUUUAUAUGGUACAAUGUACAGACUAGUCGGUGGGGGGGUGAGGGGAGAGGGGCUCCCAUAAUCAUGUACAUCAUGAAAUGUUGUGAUUUGUAAUUAUUUCUACCAGUGCGGUGGAUUUUGUAUUUCAUUUUGUACAAAAAACCAUUCCAUAAAUCUUUUUAAUGUUUAAAUAAUUAUAAUUUAUGUAAAAUUUAGUGUGCAUUAAAAUAAGACACCAAUAUGAAGAAAAAAAAUUAGUACUAAUGAAUGUAAAUAUAUUUAUACUAUAUUGAGAUAUUUAUAAAAUUUAAUAUGAUCUUGUUCUUCUAAAUUUAAUGUGAAAUUGUUUCGGUAUUUCGUAUUGUUUGCUGUGUCGACUGAUGGUAUCCUAGAGGUUGUCUUUAUGUCAGACAUUUCUUGACAAAAUAAACACUUCAUACUAAGUAGAUAUUAAGCACCUCCUGUUUCAAAUAUCCUCACUCUUAUAAACUUCCUUAUGCUCAAUCUUAAUUAUAAUAUUUCAUAAGUUUGAUGUAAAAAAUCUAAAUGACUAAAUAAUACUAUCAUGUUUGACGCAAAACUACUCUUUUCUUGAGCUACUUGUCUUUUACAAUGACAUUUGAUUUGGUUACAAAAUAACAAGAAAACUUCAUGAUAAACGGAAGAAUGUAAAAUAUUUUAUUGCAUUAACAGUAUUUUUCAUCUCACAACAAUUGCACAUUUAGGUAAUGAAUUAAAUUUUAUUAAUCGAUGGUGGUCCCUGCUAUGAAACUACAAAAAUACCUCAAAAGAUUGUUGAAUUUUAAAUAAAAUAAUUGCAUUAAACUAGCAGACUCUGGGGGCAGAGCGUUGUCCUACUCCCAACCUUAAAAAAACUUAGCACAGUAGAAGACAAAAUACUACCAUAUGUUCUGUAUUGAAGAAGUACUAAUCUGAGAAGGUACUAAUUCCAACGGCAACGUGACCGAAAACAGAGUAGGGAUAGGUAGACAUUAGUUGUCUCUGGAUUGAUAAUUAUGUUUUUUGUGCAGUCGUAGCAUCAUACACAGCUAUGACUAUUUGAAUGAAUGUUAACGUUUUAAAUUUCUUUUUACCCUUUACAUUAGCACAUUUAUACUUUAUUCAAACUUUUCAAGAUAACUCAUUACAAGUAAAUCUCUUUUAAUUAUUCCUGCUCUUAGUCCAAAAAUUUAGGGGGCUCAACCAGGGAAUGUCCCUAUAUAAUAUAUUAUUAUAUGAAAAAUAGUUACAUUGCAAUCUGUUUAUAAACUAAAGUUAAUACGACUAUUAGACAUUAUUGUUUUAUUCACGAAAACAAACUGUGACAGUUAAAUUCGACUAGUAGAAUUUACCUAGUCAAAAUUAAAUGCGAGCUCCAAAAAUAUGGUAUGGGAAUUUAGUAUUGCUAUUCACUCAGUAAACCUUUUAAUUUUAUUUCAUAAAACAUUAUCAUUAAUUAAUCGCAGUUACCCAAUUAACAAUAAAAGAGACUCACAAAAAUAUUAUUCGAUCUCUCAUUUCAAAUAAAUGCUGAAAUUGUAAAUCAAAGUAAACUUGACAUAUCGUGGUUGUCAAGCAGCUUCUGCUAUGUGCAAAUACCUUUAAAGUACCUAUACUUUGAGAUUUUGAUUGUGUGUGAAAUAUAUGAAACAGAUUUUAAUAAUCUAUUGCUUAGUCAUAUAGAAGUCUAUACGAAAAUGUUAUUAGUAAACUAGUCGUAAAAGUCAAAAUUUCAAAAUCUCUAAAAAGUGCACAGCAGAUAUUGUUUUGACAACAACCUUAUUUCGAAUUAAAGGAUUGUGUAGGUUUCAAUAUUUUUUCCUAACGUCAUAAAAUGAGAAUACUUUAAUAAAUCGUGUGCACUUACUAAUAAGAUAAAGACAUUGUGUAGAUACUUUACCGUAUUAGAUGGAGACGUCUUUCACUCUUAUGGUUUCUUAAAUCUUUAUACUUUUCAUAUAAUUUAAAAUGUAUAUAAGAUUCAAAGACUAAGCAAUAUUGGCAUUAUGCCUGGUGAAUGCCUAAACGAUGUAUACAAGGGAUAUGAAUACAUAUGAUGAAAAUGUGAUUAGAGUUAUUCAAUACGAUGUAAUAGAGAAAAAUAAAUAAUGUCUGUUCUUUAUUGUAGUUAUUACCUUCAUACAAACUCGAUAAUAUAACAUACCUCAAAUUGAA